GCGAGGGGCGGGGCGCCUGUCAGGGAAGCGGCGCGCGCGGGCAGCUGGCUGGUUGGGGCUCCGCCGCGCAGUGCCAGCGCCAGCGCCAGACCCGCGCCUUGCGCUCUCCGGCCCGCCGCCUGUGUUCUGCCUCGCGAGCCCUCAGUCCCGGCCUGCCUGUGCGCUGCCCGAGUAUGGAGUUGCUGUGCUGCGAGGGCACCCGGCACGCGCCCCGGGCCGGGCCAGACCCGCGGCUGCUGGGGGACCAGCGUGUCCUGCAGAGCUUGCUCCGCCUGGAGGAGCGCUACGUUCCCCGCACCUCCUACUUCCAGUGCGUGCAGAGGGAGAUCAAGCCGCACAUGCGGAAGAUGCUGGCAUACUGGAUGCUGGAGGUGUGUGAGGAGCAGCGCUGUGAGGAGGAAGUCUUCCCCCUGGCCAUGAACUACCUGGAUCGCUACCUGUCCUGCGUCCCCACCCGAAAGGCGCAGUUGCAGCUCCUGGGUACAGUCUGCAUGCUGCUGGCCUCCAAGCUGCGGGAGACCACGCCCCUGACCAUCGAAAAACUGUGCAUCUACACCGAUCACGCUGUCUCUCCUCCCCAGUUGCGGGAAUGGGAGGUGCUGGUCCUAGGGAAGCUCAAGUGGGACCUGGCUGCUGUGAUUGCACAUGAUUUCCUGGCCCUGAUUCUGCACCGGCUCUCUCUGCCCAGUGACCGACAGGCCUUGGUCAGAAAGCAUGCCCAGACCUUUUUGGCCCUCUGUGCUACAGAUUACACCUUUGCCAUGUACCCACCGUCCAUGAUCGCAACGGGCAGCAUCGGGGCUGCAGUGCAAGGCCUGGGUGCCUGCUCCACAUCUGGGGACGAGCUCACAGAGUUGCUGGCAGGGAUCACAGGCACUGAAGUGGACUGCCUGCGGGCCUGUCAGGAGCAGAUUGAAGCUGCGCUCAGGGAGAGCCUCAGGGAAGCAGCCCAGACCACCCCAAGUCCAGCACCCAAAGCCCCCCGAGGCACCAGCAGCCAAGGGCCCAGCCAGACCAGCACUCCCACAGAUGUCACGGCCAUCCACCUGUAGCCUCGGAGAGGCCCCCUCCAGUGGCCACUAAGCAGAGGAGGGGCCGCUGCCCCCUCUUCCCUGCCUCCAGGAACAUACCACAUCACAUCUGAAGCCUGAAGGGGCUCCUGUUCCCCCUACCCGACAGUGUGCAGUAAGGGGCCUGGCCAGCCAUGUCUGUGUUUGGAUGGCUGGUCAAGCUCCUCCUUCCUGCACCUAACCAGCUCAGCUCCUUCCCUGACUCUAGCUGGGGAUGGGCCAGGCUGGUCAGACACAAUUGAAACAGGUAAAAUAUAUGCACCAGGAUUCCUUUUUGAGACCCCCUCUCUCUGGAGCUCUCAGGUUCUCAAUUGCCAAAAUACCCCAGUGCCUUCUAAAGGUGUUGCCCCUUCUAGGGUUAUUGCAAUUGGAUUGGGGUCCUUCUGAAGAUGAAAUUUCAGGCACUCUGAUAGACAUGUUAGAGAAGAUAGUAUAGAUGACUAUUCUCAGCACUUUGGAGACCCCUGUACAACCCAUGGUCACAGUUGCUCCUAGAGGGAGGGGCCUAGGCCUCUGUUAGGGUAGGAACCAACAGAUUCCUCCUUGCUGUUCAGUGCUGAAGGAAGAGGUCAUUUUAAUUUAUUAAUUGCUUUGAGUAAGAGGGUAUAGUGGGGCCUGUCUGCCCAACUGGUGGUAACCCUGGUGGUUGCUGUUUCCCUCCCCUGUGCUAUUGACUAGAGGAUCUUCGUGGCCAAGGAGCUGCUACAGCCUGGGGUGGGGUCAUGCCCUCCUCUCCUUUGGCCCCCUGCUCAUUUUCCAGGGGGAUGGAUACAGCAGGGAUGCGCUGGAGGUGGCUGAUCCCGUCUGGAGAGGGAGGCAAGCCCUGUUGACACAGGUCUUUCCUAAGGCCACAAGGUUUAGGCUGGUGGCCCAGGACCAUCAUGCUACCUUAAUAAAGAUUCUGGAAUAAAACUGGC